GUAGUUAUACAGGGUUCUUUUUUUCUCUUCUUUUCUCUUGUUUUCUCUUGUUUUCUCUUUUCUUCUUCUUUUUAUAUCACAUAUCGUUUCUUCUCAGAAGGGGUCCAGGGCUUGCCCCCGAGGCACGAGAGAGAGAGAGAUUGGGGACUGGUGAUAGGGCUGGUGAUGGCUUGACCGGCGAAGCGAAGCCGCUUCAUCUUUCCUUGCACGGGUUGUUCCCAAUUAUCACAUGCCUGCCUCUUCGGAGGAGACACGCCAUAUAAUAUAAGGAUCAAACUCCUUUCUGCUCGGUGAGCCGGCGUCACGAACGCGUCACGAGCUCACCGUAACGAGUUGUUGUUUCGGGGAAGCAUCGGGAAGCAUCGGAAUCAUCACUUACGCCUACCGUUUUACGACGCGACGGCAUCAUGUCCAUGACGCAGGAAGAACUCGAUGCCCUGCUGGCUGCGCCGGCUCUGGCGCCCCCGGAAGGAGAGAUACCCAACUUUGAUAAUCCGCCCAAUCGAAACGGCCUAGCUUGGGGUGUCACCACUCUUUGUAUAGUCAUUACGACUCUGUGUCUUCUUCUACGAGCCUAUGUCCGGGUGUGGAGGGAGAAGAGGAUACACAAGGAAGAAGUCUUGAUGAUCUUGGCUUACGGAGCCCUCUGGGGCACCGCUUACGCCGCAUACGGCAUGAUCUAUGCGCCCGGCUACUACGUCCAUCAAUGGCAUCUGACCAACGGUGACCUGGUCCGGCCUCUUUGGCUCAUCCUCGUCUACGGCUGCUGCUACUCCGUCGUCCUCCCGCUCAUCAAGACCGCCAUCCUCCUCGACUGGUGCCGCGUCUUCAUCUCCAUCGACAAGUACAAGAGCCCCUUCUGGUGGUCCUGCAUCAUCCUCAGCGUCUUCCAGUGCCUCUGGGGCCUGGCCUGCGUCAUCCUCCUGAACCUGCAGUGCCGCCCCCACCGCGCCAUCUGGGAGUUCUACAUCCCCGCCCAGUGCUACGCGCUGCCCAGCGUCAUGCUGGGGUCGGGGAGCGUGCAGGUCGCCACCGACGUGCUCAUGGUGCUCCUCCCGCAGCGCAUCAUCUGGAAGCUGCAGAUGAACUGGCAGCGCAAGCUCGGCAUCUCCGUCAUCUUCGGCGUCGGCCUCAUUGCCUCCGUCGCCGCCUGCGUCCGCCUCGCCCACACCGUCACCUUCGCCCACGAGCCCGACAAGAUGUACUUCAUCGGGCCCCUCCUCUUCUGGGCCUGGGGCGAGAUGGCCGCCGGCUUCUUCAUCCUCAGCGUUCCCUGCCUCCCCAAGCUCGCCGCCGCCUCGUCCCUCCCGUCCAAGGUCCGGUCGCUCCUCGGCCUGAGUUACGGGUCCAAGAGCAUUUCCGCGAGGAACUCGAACCCGCUCGUCACCAUCGGCGGCACGGGGGGUUCGAAUAAGAAGCACCAUCUGGUCAAGUCGACUCUGGGCACGGAUACCUACCACGAGAUCGAGGACGGGGUCGCCCUGGGCUCCGAGUCGCAGGAGCAUCUGCGUCAGGAACAGGAACACGGCUCGGGCUUGCAUCCGGCCAGGGAGGACGAGCGCGCCAUUCACGUCACGCACUCGACGCGGGUUAUAGUGACGAAGAAGGAUUCUGGGAGCGAUCUGAGCGAGAAUCUCACACCGUGGACAAGCCAUUUGAUCCUUUGCAAGUGAUUCGCCCUCAUGUUCUUCGUAGUCCAAGGGGGUCUUGUGAAGUUGUGCCAUUAUAUAAUCCCCCCCCCCAACAUCCUGAGCGUCGCUUCUCUGCCCAUAAUCUGAGUAUAUCCCCCUUAAUCAUCUCCAUGUCGGCUAUCGAGAGACCGAAGAAACCGACUUGCUUCAACAGAAGGGCACGACAGGUCUAUCAACUUUGGCAGAGUUGCAAGACAACAUGAUCCUUCACUUCUCACCGUUUUACACCAACUCAACCACAGGAAUUAAUCUUAUUCCCUUUCCACGCAACCGCCCCAAUACUGUCUACGUGCUGGCAAGCUGCCGUGGCAUCUAUCUCCUCAAGUGUAGACAAGGUUCCACGUCCAUCGCAGGGCUUAUCCUCCAUCCUCCGGCCCCCC